UUUUCUCUCCCGCCUAAUUCAGGUUUAGGUCCAAGCGGUUCUCAGAGACGGGCUCAGGCCGAGCUGUUGCUUUUCUGCUCACGAAUCUCACUCCCUCUUCCCGGAAUUUGGAAUCGAGUGAGUUUUAUUACUUUUGAGCUCAAGACCGGACAUUACUUGGGAGAGAAAACUGGUCCUAGAGGAGCUGGACUAGAAAUGAGUCAUACAGAUGCCCUUGAUGAUGAAAAUACAUUUAAAAUUUUAGUUGCAACUGAUAUUCAUCUGGGAUUUAUGGAGAAAGAUGCAGUCAGAGGAAAUGAUACAUUUGUUACACUUGAUGAAAUUUUAAGACUUGCCCAGGAAAAUGAAGUGGACUUUAUUUUGUUAGGUGGUGAUCUCUUUCAUGAAAAUAAGCCCUCAAGAAAAACAUUACAUUCGUGCCUCGAGUUAUUAAGAAAAUAUUGCAUGGGUGAUCGUCCUGUACAGUUUGAAAUUAUCAGCGAUCAGUCAGUCAACUUUGGUUUUAGUAAGUUUCCUUGGGUGAACUACCAAGAUGACAAUCUCAACAUUUCGAUUCCAGUGUUUAGUGUUCAUGGCAAUCAUGAUGAUCCCACAGGGGCUGAUGCGCUCUGUGCCCUGGAUAUUUUAAGUUGUGCUGGAUUUGUAAAUCACUUUGGACGUUCAAUGUCUGUGGAGAAGAUAGACAUUAGUCCGGUUUUGCUUCAAAAAGGAAGCACAAAAAUUGCUCUAUAUGGCUUAGGAUCCAUUCCAGAUGAAAGGCUAUAUCGAAUGUUCCUUAACGAAAAAGUAACAAUGUUGAGACCAAAAGAAGAUGAGAACUCCUGGUUUAAUUUAUUUGUGAUUCAUCAGAACAGGAGUAAACAUGGAAACACUAACUUCAUUCCAGAACAAUUUUUGGAUGGCUUCCUUGAUCUUAUUAUCUGGGGCCAUGAACAUGAGUGUAAAAUAGCUCCAAUCAGAAAUGAACAACAACUCUUUUACAUAUCACAGCCUGGAAGUUCAGUGGUUACUUCUCUUUCCCCAGGAGAAGCUGUGAAGAAACACGUCGGUUUGCUGCGUAUUAAAGGGAGGAAGAUGAAUAUGCAGAAAAUCCCUCUUCACACAGUGCGGCAGUUUUUUAUGGAGGAUAUUAUUCUGGCUAAUCAUCCAGACAUUUUUAACCCAGAUAAUCCUAAAGUAACCCAAGCUAUACAAAGCUUCUGUUCGGAGAAGAUUGAAGAAAUGCUUGAAAAUGCUGAACGGGAACGUCUAGGAAAUUCUCGACAGCCAGAUAAGCCUCUUAUACGACUGCGAGUGGACUAUAGUGGAGGUUUUGAACCUUUCAAUGUUCUUCGCUUUAGCCAGAAAUUUGUGGAUCGAGUAGCUAAUCCAAAAGAUGUUAUUCAUUUUUUCAGGCGUAGAGAACAAAAGGAAAACACAGGAGAGGAGAUCAACUUGGGGAAGUUCAUUACCAAACCUUCAGAAGGAACAACUUUAAGGGUAGAAGACCUUGUAAAACAGUAUUUUCAAACUGCAGAGAAGAACCUGCAGCUCUCACUUCUAACAGAAAGGGGAAUGGGUGAAGCAGUACAAGAAUUUGUGGACAAGGAAGAGAAAGAUGCCAUAGAGGAAUUAGUGAAAUACCAGUUGGAAAAAACACAGCGAUUUCUUAAAGAACGUCAUAUUGAUGCCCUAGAAGAUAAAAUUGAUGAAGAGGUACGUCGUUUCCGAGAAAGCAGACAAAAAAAUACUAAUGAAGAAGAUGAUGAAGUUCGAGAGGCCAUGACUAGGGCCAGAGCACUCAGAUCUCAGUCAGAGAACUCCGCUUCUGCCUUUAGUGCUGAUGACUUUAUGAGUGUGGAUUUGCCAGAACAGACAGCUGAUGACUCUGAUGACAGCAUCACAGCAGCAGCCAUCAAAGGAAGAGGACGAGGAAGAGGCCGAAGAGGAGGAAGAGGGCAGAAUUCAGCAUCAAGAGGAGGGUCUCAGAGAAGAAGAGCAGGCACUGGUCUAGAGACUUCUACUCAAAGCAGAAGUUCAAGGGCCACUAUAUCAACAUCUAGAAAUAUGUCUAUUGUAGAUGCCUUUAAAUCUACAAGACAGCAGCCCUCACGAAAUGUUGCUGCUAAGAAUUAUUCAGAGGUGAUUGAGGUGGAUGAGUCAGAUGUGGAAGAAGACACUUUUCCUACCACUUCAAAAACAGAUCAAAAGUGGUCGAACAUGUCAUCAUCGUCAUCAAGCAGACCCACGUCCCAGAGCCAGAUAGCUAAAGGGGUCGAUUUUUAUUCAGAUGAGGACGACGAUGAUGAUCCUUUUCUGAACAUGAGUACUUUAAGAAGAAACAGAAGAUAAAAUAUUUAAUGGCACUUUGGAGUUUUCAAGAUUCAGGAAAAGUCAAAACGUUGCAAGCUAAGAGUUUACAGUUGAAGAUUUUUAAACUAUUGCUGUUAACUGAAGAAUCUGAAAGAGACUUAACAGAGAAACUAAUGUAUGAGAAUUUCAAUUUUUAGUAUCAUUUCCUGAACAUGGCUCUAUUACUUGAGGAACUUCCCAGCUCAAGGACAUAGAACAUAGCCUUGGUUUCCCUCAUUUUUUAACCCGGUUGUUAACAUUACCGAGGGAUGCUCUAUACAA